AUGGCACACGGACAAAAGAGCCACAGGUGGGCAUUAACCCAGGGCUCCUUCAGCUUGGCACUGGGCCUGUCGCUCCUCUCCCUCCUGCUCCUCACCGUCUCGGCCGCAGAUGAGUACGACUACUACAGCUGGCAGUCGGACAACUUCCACAAUGGCCGAUUCUACACCAAGCAGCCCCAGUGUGUGGACAUACCAGCUGACCUGCGCCUGUGCCACAAUGUGGGCUACAAGAAGAUGCGGCUGCCCAACCUCCUGGACCAUGAGACCAUGCCAGAAGUCAAGCAACAGGCGGGCAGCUGGGUGCCCCUCCUGGCCAAGCGCUGCCACGCUGACACCCAGGUCUUCCUGUGCUCGCUGUUUGCGCCAGUGUGCCUGGACAGACCCAUCUACCCCUGCCGCUCGCUGUGUGAAGCCGUGAGGGACAGUUGUGCUCCGGUGAUGGAGACCUAUGGCUUCCCCUGGCCGGAGAUGCUGACCUGUGACAAGUUCCCCAUCGAUAACGACCUCUGCAUCCCCAUGCAGUUCACUGGGAAUCAUGCGACACAGCCACCAGUGUCGAAGGUGUGCCCUCCGUGUGACAAUGAGAUGAAAGCCGACAACAUAAUGGAGCAUUACUGCGCUAGUGACUUCGUCCUCAAGAUGAAAAUCAAGGAGGUGAAGAAGGAGAAGGGUGACAAGAAGCUGAUUGCGGCGCAGAAGAAAAAGCGAGUGUUGAAGCAGGGCGUGCUGAGGAAGAAGGACCUGAAGAAACUGACCCUGUACAUCAAGAACGGCGCCAACUGCCCGUGCUCGCAGCUGGACAGCCUGAGCUCCAACUUCCUCAUCAUGGGCCGCAAGGUGGACCAGCAGCUGCUGCUCAUGUCCAUCCACAAGUGGGACAAGAAGAGCAAGGAGCUCAAGUUCGCCGUCAAGUACAUGAAGUCCCAUCAGUGUCCCACCUACCACACUGUCUUCCAGUGACACGCCUGUGUACUCCCUGUACAGUCCACGAUCUCCUCACACUCCAACCUGUUACAAAAGUACUAAUUCUCGUUCCACUAGUGCAUCCCUGAACCCCACAUACCCCUGCCAGGGUGGCCGCGCUUUUAUUUUCUCAGCUUUAUCAUGAAUCAGCUAGUCCAAGGGGGGUCGUUCUGAUCCACUGAGAUGAAUCAGGCAUAUUAAUGUCAGAGCGGCUAAAAGCAGCAUGCUCUGCAGCUCCAUCCCAAAAAUAAAAGAUCCAGGAAAAACAGAUUUAUGGCAAUUAUGAUUAAAACGGACAUUUACACAUCUACCCCCUGCUAUUUAAUAAACCGUCUUCUAUUUAAUAAACCUCCUUAACAAUUCUCCUUUCCUUUUCUGAUUUAGUAGAACCAACCACUUUAUGAUAUCUUAGAGCAGAGUUAUUGAUAAGACAGCAGCAUUAUGAAAUGGGAGCCUAAAGUUUCGAUUGAUUAUAGACAGACAGAAUUUGGAGGAGGAAAAGCAGAAUUUGUUUCUGUGUAAAAGAAAAGCUGACAGGAAUGAUGCUACAGUAUAUUUGAGCUGUGCAAUGGGACAGAGCGCACGCUGGCACAGCAGCUCCCAGUACAACAGCAAAGCAGAGAAAUGUAGAUGACCCACUAAACUGUAUGUUUUAAUAAUGAUGUAAAAAGUAGGUAAUUCAGAUGAAUAUUAGAUCAUUAGAAACAGGGCUUUUUUUCUUUUAUCCCUGCUGGGAAAGAAGACGGAUGGAACAAGACAGACUGACGGACGGGAUGAUGCUUUCACUGACUUUGUACAGAACCAUUUUUUUUGCGGCCUGAAAGAGGGAAAGAGAAGACAUCUUCCUGAAAACAAGUGGAGAAAAAAGGAGAAAGAACGAGAGAGAAAGAGACUCUGGACAGUACCAACAAUGUUGGGUUGAUAAGUCUCUGGUACUCGCUAUUUUUCACUAUCACUCUUCAAAUGUUUCUUUUUUUUGUACUUACAUUUUUAAAACAUUUUGCUUCAGUCAAACUUCUAUGGUAUGAAAGCAGAAAUCAUAAAUACAGACAUAACGCCUGAAUUCACUGUUGCCGUAGAAAUGAAAUGAAAUUUUGAUAUUUUCUAAUCAGUUAACCUGUAAGUAGUUCUAUUACUGAAAUACAUCUUUGUUUUACAAAAAAGUAAAUGAAUAAAAUAUAUUUGAAAUUUUUAUAAA